GGAUGGGGAGAAAACCAGAUAGAAUGGGUGAAGAAUGGCGAAAGGAAUAUCAUGAAAAAAGACGGCACAGAAAUUUAUACGUUCGAUAAUGUGUUCGAUCAACUCUGCAGCAACGAAGUCAUCUAUGAAAAUGUUAUGGCUGGUCUCGUUGAUGCAGCUUUGUCCGGUUUUAAUACUGCCGUCUGUGCCUAUGGGCAAUCUGGCGCAGGUAAAACACAUACACUGACCGGAUCGGAAAAUGAAGAUGGUUUAGUACAGAGUACAUUCCGUGCACUCUUGGAAACUAUUGCGAAGGCGAGCGAUCGCGAAUACAUGAUGCGGAUAUCGUACAUUGAGAUAUACAAUGAACGAGUGCGCGACCUCUUGAGUGACAACUCAGUGGAUUUGCCCAUAUACGAAAAUAAGGACGGCGUUGCACAGAUUGACGGCUUAACGGAGGAAGUUGUCACCGAAAAUGCCCAGGUGGCAGCGCUGCUCGAAAAAGCACAAGGUGGGAAAAUUGAAACACUAAAAUUAGUUUUGAUGAAAUUCAUCUGGAACUAUAAUUUAUUCUGA